AGGCGGUGAACCCAACCCACUGGCCGCUGCUGCCCCCUCGUCCAGAGUCGGAAGGCGAAAGCAGCAGCGGAAAAUUGUGGCCGCGAACGAAGACGACCGCGCCGACGGCCACGAGCUCCUCGCCUACCCCCCGCCGCGUCCUCUCCCGCCGCCCCAGCUAGGCCCUCCCCGCCCCUCACUCCGCGUCCGGUAUCCAGGGCUCCAGGUUCCAGCUUCAGGCAGCCCCCUUGCAUCUCGCAUUCGCCGCGGUGGUUUCAGGGCAACGUUAUGGAAUGCUUAACAACAAGUUUUGCAAGAAAUGUGGGGAAAGAGCACAACUUCGUAUGUUCAAGUAAGUUGGUGUCUGAAAACCAAUGGGUUCCCAGAAGGAUUUGCUGCUAUGCCCCCAGUUUGACAAACUUCAGUCAACGGCACAAGUCCACUGCUAUGGUAUAUCCCAUGAGACCAAUUAUUGGAAGACAUUCACGCUGGAGAUUCUUUGCAGCAAGUUUGAACUUAGAAGAUGGCCCUGCACCCUCCGACUCAACAUCAUCUUCAUCGGAGCAGACUACCGAUGGUGAUGCAUCUGAAAAUCUGCUUUCUGAAAAGCUGAGCUCUGAUGAGUUGAAGUCUCUUCUGGCUGACUCAGAACGAAGUAAGCUUUUGAGAAGGCUCAGCGAAGCAAAUCAAUAUAACCGGUUCCUCAAGAGACAGUUGCAACUAAAGGAUGAUGCAGUCAUAAAGUUCAAGAGUGAACUUGCUGCUUUGGAACUAGAACUGCAGGCUCUGGUUGGCCUAGCCGAAGAGAUUGCUAAUUUUGAUGUUCCAUUAGGGUCUAGGAAGAUAAACGGAAAAUAUAUUCAAUCUCUUCUUCUCUCCAGAUUAGAAGCUGUUCAUGGUAAGGUUAUGGAACAGAUAAAGGAUGUUGACUCUUUAAAGCCCCAAGAAGUUUCUGUAUACUGGGUUGGCAUGGCUGAGAAUGUGCAAAUUAUGGGCUCAUUCGACGGGUGGUCCCAAGGUGAGACAAUGUCCAUGGAGUAUUCAGGUGACUAUGGAAGAUUCUCUGCAACUCUGAAGCUAAGACCUGGAAGGUAUGAGAUCAAGUUCUUGGUUGAUGGGGAGUGGAGAUUGUCACCUGAAUACCCCAUGGCUGGCGAGGGAAUGACACAGAACAAUAUUCUCGUCGUGGAGUAGCAGAAUUUUCUCUUCUAGCAUCUUAGUAAUUCGGUAGAUCUGAAACAAUGCCGAAGUGUAUCCCCAUCCCUUCUUUCCCCUGUAAUAUGUUGCUACCGUGCGGUUGCCUCACAGAACUCAAAUGUUUUGUGAAAUGCAAGCCUCCAGAGUCCAGAUGUAUGUUGAAUAUUUGGCAUUCAAGAUUUCCUUUUCAUAUCUAGUGGUUAUAUUCAA